CUUGGAAGCGUUUAAUUGUCAAGACGGAAUUUUCCGGAGCUAAUUAUUUAGGAAAUACUUUAUGUAUUUGUAUGCAAUGGGAUUCAGUGGAAAAUUCUCUUUCUCAGUUGAUUUGACAUUUCAUCUAAAUGUUUUGAAGUAGUAAUGCGAUCGGAAACUAACAUAACUAAUUAAAGUCGCAAUUUGCCAGCCUUCAGCAGCGGAGCGUAGCUGAUUAGUUUCGAGAACUUCAUGUUGCUAGUUAAAAGGUGAGGUGUAUGUUGACAGGAUGUCAACUGCUUGUAAAUCUAAGUGCGGAAAUCGUGCAGUGUUGAAGCGACCCAAGACAGGUGAUGCCCUGUGCAAGGAGUGUUUCUUCCUCGCAUUCGAAACAGAAAUCCACAACACUAUAGUUGAAAACAAAUUGUUCAAAAAUGGCGAUCGGGUCGCGAUAGCUGCCAGCGGUGGGAAAGAUUCCACCGUCUUGGCAUACGUACUAGCACAUUUGAACCGAAAAUAUAACUACGGGCUAAAUUUAGUUCUGUUGUCAAUAGAUGAAGGAAUUACUGGCUACAGGGAUGACAGCCUCGAGACAGUGAAGAGGAAUCGUGACGACUACGGGCUUCCGCUGAAAAUCCUUUCCUAUGAAGAAUUGUACGGAUGGACCAUGGAUAAAAUCGUGGCGCAAAUCGGACGAAGUAAUAAUUGUACAUUUUGUGGUGUAUUUCGACGUCAAGCGCUUGAUCGUGGUGCCAAAAUGUUAAAUGUAAAUAGUAUAGCCACUGGUCAUAAUGCAGAUGACAUAGCAGAAACUGUCUUAAUGAAUAUUUUGCGCGGUGACACCGCCAGGUUGCGCAGAUGUACGGAAAUUCGGACAUGCUCGAAUGAAGGAUCAAUAGUUCGUGUGAAGCCAUUGAAAUAUACUUAUGAAAAGGAAAUUGUUAUUUACGCACAUUAUAAAAAGCUAAUUUAUUUUUCCACGGAAUGUGUGUUUGCUCCAAACGCUUACCGGGGUCAUGCCCGGGCGUUUCUUAAAGAUUUGGAAAAAAUUAAUUCAUUCGCAAUCAUGGAUAUAAUUCUUUCAGGUGAAGCUCUUGCAUUUAAAGAUACAACGAAAAAAGUGGUCCGAGGCAUCUGUUCCAAAUGUGGUUUUGUAUCAUCCCAACAACCAUGCAAAGCAUGUGUUUUAUUAGAAGGUCUCAACAGGGGACUGCCUAAAUUGGGUAUUGGUAAGAAAUCGAAAGGCGACCGAAUGAUAGCUCAACAAAAUAAAGAGCUUGCUUUAAAAGAGAGGGCGAAUUUGGUUAAAAACGAUUUUUAGUGUUAAUAAGAAACAUUCAACUGUUAAUUUAUAGGUGAAGUUAAAGUAAAAUGACAGAAAUCUAUGAACAUAUUCAUGUAAAGGACAACUUAUUUAGUAUUGUUAUUAUGUGAAUAUAUGGAAAAUGAACUACAGAACUCUCA